AUGGGGAAAAUGAUAAAGGACAGAUUUCAUGAAGAUAUGUGGGAUGAUGAUGAUGAUGAGGAGGAGGAUGAAGACAACGACUACGGCGAUGAUCCUGAUCCUUACCAUGAUCAUGAACGUUACAAUGAUGACAAUAUCGAUGAUCACGACGAUGACAAUUACGAUGACAGCAAUGAUGGUGGCGAUAAUGACAACGAUGACAACAAUGACGAAGAUGAUCGUAAUGAUAAUGAUGAUGAUCACGACGACGACAAUGACAGCGACGAGACAAUGACGGUGACGAGUGAAUUGCGUCAUGGUGCUACCUUUCUCGCAGACGAUGCCCAACUGACCCUACCUCACUGUGUUUUGCUUUCCUUAAUGCCUUCUGACAAACUCUCACUGAUACCAGACUUGGAUGAAGACCGUCUCGUGGUCCCAGCAGACAAAAUGGGGGAAAAAAGCGUUGCCACGGAGGAGAUGCGCUGGAAAAAUCAAUCUAACUUAACAGUGCUUGCACUUGCGGAUAGCCAUCUCGUCCCCGAUAGCGAUCAGCAGAAAUAUGAUCCGGGGACGGAAAACGCCGGAGAUUUUAGCAACCUCCGUUGUGCGGCAGGUCAUAAGCACGUUGUGUCUAUAGAGAUUUAA